GAGCUACAAGGGUUUUUGUUUUGCUCUGCUUUUAUUCUUGUUGUAAAUCUUGGAGAAAUGGCUUUCCUUUACUUGGCUGUCAGAUGCUUAUAUACCUUUCUCAUAAGCACAACAUUUGGCUAUACUUCAUCUUCAGACACCGAGAUAAAAGUUAACCCUCCUCAGGAUUUUGAGAUAGUGGAUCCCGGAUAUUUAGGUUAUCUCUAUUUGCAAUGGCAACCCCCACUGUCUCUGGAUAAUUUUAAGGAAUGCACAGUGGAAUAUGAACUAAAAUACCGAAACAUUGGUAGUGAAACAUGGACGACCAUCAUUACUAAGAAUCUACAUCACAAAGAUGGGUUUGAUCUUAACAAGGGCAUUGAAGCAAAGAUACACACACUUUUACCGUGGCAAUGCACAAAUGGAUCAGAAGUUCAAAGUUCCUGGGCAGAAGCUACUUAUUGGAUAUCACCACAAGGAAUUCCGGAAACUAAAGUUCAGGAUAUGGAUUGUGUAUAUUACAAUUGGCAAUAUUUACUCUGUUCUUGGAAACCUGGCAUAGGUGUACUUCUUGAUACCAAUUACAACUUGUUUUACUGGUAUGAGGGCUUGGAUCAUGCAUUACAGUGUGUUGAUUACAUCAAGGUUGAUGGACAAAAUAUUGGAUGCAGAUUUCCCUAUUUGGAGUCAUCAGACUAUAAAGAUUUCUAUAUUUGUGUUAAUGGAUCAUCAGACACCAAGCCUAUCAGAUCCAGUUAUUUCACUUUUCAGCUUCAAAAUAUAGUUAAACCUUUGCCGCCAGUCUGUCUUACUUGUACUCAGGAGAGUUUACAUGAAAUUACACUGAAAUGGAGUAUACCUUUGGGACCUAUUCCAGCAAGGUGUUUUGUUUAUGAAAUUGAGAUCAGAGAAGAUGAUACAACCUUGGUGACUACUACAGUUGAAAAUGAAACGUACACCUUGAAAAUAACAAAUGAAACCCGACAAUUAUGCUUUGUAGUAAGAAGCAAAGUGAAUAUUUAUUGCUCAGAUGAUGGAAUUUGGAGUGAGUGGAGUGAUAAACAAUGUUGGGAAGUUGAAGAACUAUUGAAGAAAACUUUGCUACUUUUCUUGUUACCAUUUGGUUUCAUCUUAAUAUUAGUUAUAUUUGUAACCGGUCUGCUUUUGUGCAAGCGAGACAGCUACCCGAAAAUGAAUUUUUCUGUGAUAGAUGAAGAUUUUCCAUAUCAAGAGACAUGGUAUUGACUCACCAGCUUCCAGUCAUGG